CAGAACACAGACAUUCAAUUCAACAAAACGGAACUAAAAAUAGCUUUAACCGUGUUUCGGGGCACGUAGCAAGUGAUUCCGGAUACAGUUUAAGAAGCUGCAAAUUACUCUGCACUGGGAGAUGGGUUAAAGAAUGGCCGAGACGGUGGACUUGCAUUGCGCGUAACUGGGUACAUGAUUCUGAGGCCAUUCAUUCACCAUAUCUGUUAUUCAAGUUAGAGUGCCUCUGCUGGGAGAGUUUUCAUCACAAUGAUGGAGGAGGCAGAUGAACAUCCUGAGGUUCUCCAAGCAGAGGAUCCUAACAUUGCCUCACAGCUACAGGAAGCUGCUCAAACCAAUGUUAUUGCAGGGAAUGGUUUGUCCCCUAAGCUUCCUUCACCCCAGGUACCAAGUACACUUAUGCAGGCUCCAUCCCCAUUACCUGACUUUGCCAAUCUCAGCACACCUACUGGUGCAGCAGCCGUAUCUGCCACAUUACCAACGACAACGGUGCCUUCUACCCUCCCUGCUAAAUCAGCCUCAUCACCAAAGACUAGUGUACCUUCGUUUCCACUUCAGAGUCCAGUGCCUUCUACAGUUACCACAAGCACAGUUACUUCCCCUGUGUUACCAUUGCCAGUUACUUCCCCUCCCAAGUCCACACAGUUCUCUGCCCCAGGCCCAGUUGAGAUCCCCCAUGAAGCGAGCUCUUCUGUGUUAGUACCACCCUCCCUGGGAGAGUCCCCAGAGGCUGGUGGACUGAUUGGCUGGGGGAAAGGCAUUGUCCACAAAGUUGUAGAGAAAACAAAGAGUUCAGUGGAAUCCGUAAUAACAACAUUAGAUCCAGGAAUGAAAGAGUUGAUUCUUUCGGGGGGAGAUAUAGAUGUCGUUGUCACGUCAACAAAGGAAUGCAAAGUGUCACCUGUGAGAGAGGCUUUUCAGCAGGUGUUUGGCAAAGCCACUAUUACUGGCCAGGAGAGCCAGGCCAACACAGCUGCCCAGCCUGUGGGCUUUACAGCUGGGCUGAAAGGAGCUGAGGAGAGAAUAGAGAAUCUCCGCCACAGUGGUGCCAUCCAUGAGAAGCAGCCAGUGCUGUCUGUAGAAGGAUUCAUUGCAGAACUUCUCCCGGACAGGUGGUAUGAGCUGAGUUGUAUCGUGCUGACUGACCCAGGAAACAAGAUCACCCUGGAGACAUUCUCCCAGCCCACGUUGGUCCCAGCCCCCAUUGUACAGAGAAUGCAGGAUGGCACUCCAUCUGACUACCCCCUCCGCUGGUCGGGUCUCACCUUCACCGUUGGGCAGGCUGUGGAGGAGGCAUAUCCAAACGUGAAGAGGUCAGAGUGGCAGGAGUCGCUGACAGGCGUCCAGCGCAGAGAGACGCUGUUCCUGGCUGUGAAAGGUUUAGCUGAGAUGUACAGACAACGCUUACCACCCGUUGAGUCGUCGUAGUCUGGUGUGUGUCUUCCCCCUCCUCACAUAGUCUUAUUCAGGACUCUCAGACUACGCUCUCUGUCUGGUUAACCUGUGAUAACUUAGCAUGAUUUAAUCCCAUUAAACGUAAGACUCACCUCUAUACCUAAUUAUGUAUCAUGAAGGUGAAGCAGAAUCCACAGUAGUUGGAAGAUUCAUUUGUUUCAAGCUGACUUUUGCGAGGUUUUACUGGCAUAAUUUUGUCAAUUUUGUGGGAUAAAUAGUCUAAACUUUUGGGCAUGACAAAGUUGCACAUGUUCCAUUGUACUUAGACUAGUGUUUAAGACUUGUUUGGAAACUAGGAUGUUAUCCUAGUGGAAUAUUGCAAGUUUCACCAGCGAAAGUAAUAAUUGAGAUAUUUAUUUGCUUCUGAAAAUGCAAGAUUUAGGGUGAAGUUUUAGGCCAUUUACCAUAAGUGAACAUUUGAAAUUUGAUUUAAACGCCUUUUGGAUCAUAACAGAUAAAAUUGACAACAUGUAUGAAACUAUCUGUGGUCAUAGAAGUGGAAUAUUCUUUAGAUUGGUAUUAAUCUUAAGUCCGGUCAUGACUACAGGAUCUGUGGGAUACUCAUUGUCUCUGUCAUGAUCCCCACGAUACAGACUUCAGCUGAAAUAUCUGGCCAUAAGGCACAGUCUUCCAUUCUUUAUCAGGGAAUGCAUGUCACCUUGAAAAGUGACUUUGUUGUGCAGUUAAAAAUCCUUUAAUAAUUCUGUUUUUGUAAGAACUUGCCAUCAAAUUUGUUUAAAUUUGGUGAAUCUAUACCUAGAAAGUUAGAUAUAUUUUCCAGUCCCUGGUUUUGAUUAGCUAGAAACUUUGAAACUCAUCUACAGUUUUAACUUGUCAUAUAUGUUAUUUUUCUUAACAUCAGUGGAAUGUAAGGGCAUCAUCUUUUUUCUUAUUUUUGUUUUAUUUUGCUUUUGCUUUUUUAAACUGCAUUUCUUUGAUUAAGGUUUUCUGGUUUUAAAUGGUUAAGUCUUAUGACAUGAAACUUUAAUAUCUGUUUGCAUUUGAAUGGUUUCUGUUAAAAAAAAAAAAACAUCAUAUCAGUAAAAAGUAAUUACCUUAAUUUUUUUUUCAAAUAAUUUAAUAAAUGUACUCAAGCAAUUGCAAAAACCAUAUUGGUAACCCUUAUUGUAUCAAUUAGGUUAAUUUGUAAAAAAAAAUUCUAAAGGCAAUCACAGGUGAUUUGUUAUGGGCUAGCUUAAAGCUAACUAUACCAAAUUUUGAUAGAUAUAAGAAAUGUUGGUUAUAAGAAAGUGUUAUUUUGGUACUGUGUGUAUGGUAUACAAAUUUUCUAUGGAAGCCUCGUUUACAUUCUGUGUCUUUUGUCUGUGGAGUUGAGCCUUAUAAUGUCAUUUGUUGGCUGUUCUAGCAUCUCUCAUGUAUAUAUGUAUACAUGUAUGCGUCUACUUAGGAAUGCUCAUAGUCUUCAGCAUUGCAGUGGCAUACACAACACUUCAUAACGCACUUUAGUUGUAUUGUUUUACUUCCCUUUCAGAUUUCUUUCGCCUUUCUUUGAAGUUUUUAUUUUAUAAACUUCAUUUUUCUAAAGUCUAUGCAUAUUUUAACAUACCAAAACAUAUCUCUAACGCACACUAUGCCUGUCAUUGGUAACCACGAACACCCGGACACUUAACUUGUGCGAGGCAGAGGCACGACAAGGUGCAAGACAACAUGGGAAGGUAUUGAUAGUUUUGCAGUGAUAUCUUUGAAAUGGGAAACGAACAACAAUGGCUGAUGUUUAGAGAAGUACCACUGAUAAUAACAAGAAACUAUAGUAUAUAAGACAACAGGACAAUGUGUAUGGCAUAUAUAAAUUGCGGAUGGCAAAAGCUGGUUUUGGACUUAUGUGGCCGUGAAGCAGAGUACGACAUAAAUUCGAGUGAAGCGGUAAAUGCCCGGAUGUCCGCGAUCUUGAAUAUUCCUUGUGCAAUGCUGGUAUAGUCACACUGCAUUGUUAACGUUACGUUAUAUUGCUAUACUACCACUUCAUCCAUGUAAUUUCCUCUUUAUUGAUUAUAUAAUAGAAUGAUUCUAUAUAAAUAAUGAAGAUAAUUGUCUGCUAUUUGACCUUACCUUGGGGGAUUAUCUGUACGCGUUGUCUUGAUUCGUCCAACCAUAAAACUGACCACUAUUGUAUAAGUCAAAUAUUCCUGCUACUUGACAUUAAUCACUAAUAAGCUAAUUAAAUAUAAUAUUUACCCGCAGAACUCAUUAUCAGAUUAUGUCAUCGUAGAGAGUCACACUGACAGAGGUGUAUUAUUAUUGUACACAUUUAUGCUGAUGUAUUGUGCCCAAGAUUAGUCGUUCUCGUAUUGCCUUUAAGGCCGUAUGUCUUUAACAAAGCUUUUUAUGUCCUACAUAAAAUGAACCAAGAUUGCACAAGACACAUUACCCUGAAGGGGAAACCUUAUAAUGACCAUAACUGAUAAUGGUAUAUUGAGAUUUAAGUCUUUGAACCUCGGAAGCUUGGGUUUCUAUUUCUACCACAUCAACUCUUCUUGACUGGCCAAUCGGAGAUGGUUGUUAAAAGAUUAAUGCAGUUUAGGGCUCAUCUAAGGUGGAGGUAAGACAAGAAAUAUGGAGACACAUUUAUUAUAGUUAAUAAGAUAUAAGGUGGUCCAGAAGGGUUAUUUUUUUCAAAAACCUUUGAUGUAUUAGAGGGUGAAAUACGAAUCCUGUUGGUGCUAAAUACUAACCCUCUGGCAUAGAUGAGCACAGACUAUUUUUCUCAAUUAUUUUCUUGAUACUUAUAUAUCUUCCAGUGUAAAAAACAAGUUGGACUUUAGUACAUGUAGGAAACAUUAUUUAUGCAAAGGUGUACAAAAAAUCAUUUUUUCCUUUGAGGAAGGUAAAGUGGUUUUUUGUUUUAUGUUUUUUUGGACAGAAAUUUCCUUGAAUCAGAAUGAAGUGACAGAGACUUAAAAGCACUUAUGCUCAGUAACAGUUAUAUAUUCUAUCAGACGUUGCUUGGCCAAAUAAGGGUUAAAUGACCCAAAACGUGUACCAAAUUCUGGCUGAAGACAGGCAGCCAUAAUUUUUGGAGACAUUUCUACUUUUACGUGUUACGUAUGCAUGUUUCUUCGACUCACACAACACAUUAAGGUUUGGUACUGCAUACAGUGGUAUUCCGAAUCUUCAUAUUAUGGACAGGAAACAAAUUGUAGAUUAUAAUAUCCAGUCUGCAUUUUAAAGACAGUAUGUACCAUGCAAACGUGCCAAAGAAAUCCUUUGAAAACAUUUUUUUCUCUUAUAGCUUGCAGAGAUUAUUGGUACACGUCCUGCUUUUCACAUUAUAGCCCACUGAGGAUUCUAUUAAUAUACCACCAUUUCUUUAUAAUUUAUAGAAAGCUUAAUUAAGAUGAGUUCAUUUCAGUUAGAAAACUGAGUUUGGUUGAUGUCAUUUAGAGCACAAGGAAAGUUGCCCAUACACUUGACUGCGACUUCAUUCGUGCAUAUUAUAAGGCCACUUUUUGUGAAGUUUUGAUUAAUUUCUUAUCAGAAAAGUGUUGGAAUUAAAGGUAUAAUUUUAAUGCUUUUAUGUGCUUCUGGGAGAGCAUUUUUAUAGUCCAAGCUUCAGGAGAAAUAUAGUGUUACAAUGUCUGAGAAUGUGCUGUACUGAAAUUGGUGUAUGUUUGAUUUUGCCUGAAACUCUUCCUGUGGCGACACACAUCUUUUCUAAUACAAUGGUUUUAUUGAAAGUAUUAAUCCCAGAUUUCUGCUACACAUGGAAAGCUUGUUUUGUUAGCAUGCUUUAAUACGCUGAAAAAUGUCUUUAUAUAUAAAUAUCUUUUGUUACUUGUGAGUUGAAUCUCAAAAAUAUGUUUCAUUUUAUUGUUAGAAAAAUAGAAUGGGGGAUAUGAUAUUGCAUGGGUUACGAUUAUGGUGUUAUUAUGAUUAUUAUUAUAGUAUUAACAACAUGGUUUAUUAUUAUUAUUAUAAUUACAUAAAAAUUAAAGCCCUUAUUAUCAUAUGCAUAUAUAGCUGUAUAUUUUUGCAUUUGAUGUACAUUUUGAUCAGUUAGGUUGCAUCUAGCAUAUGGUGUUUCUUGAAGAGCCUUUUUUUUAAUGUUACUAUUUUCAUUGGUACUGUCUUAAGAUUGCCUGCCUUCAAAAUGCUUUUCACAUAACGCCAUACUGUGUAUCCUUACGCUGGUAUUAUAUGUAUACGAAUAUGAGGUCUCUGUGUACAGAACUGUUCAUGUGAUUUUAAAAGUACUUUGAGAUUUUGCUCAUCGCUUUAUCCUACCUUGAUACGUGUGGGUUGUCCAUUUACCCAUGGGGAAAAGGGUGCUAGCUGAUAAUUUUAAUGAGGCUGUAUAGAAACUGGUGUACUCAUUUAUUGUGCAAAACUGUUCUUGCUGAUAAAGAAGUGAAACCAGUAUGCGGGCCAGUUGCCAAAUGACAUAAAACACGUCCUUUUCAUAGAAGACAAACAGCUUUGCAUUAAACGCUGGUCUUGAUUGGUAUGCUUCAUAAAGAUCUUUUUCUCUGGUAAUUGUUAUCUCCCAAAGCAUAAUAUCACUAUGAUGCAUUAUUUGUUACGUAAAAAAAAAAACAUGUUUCAUGGAAUAAAAC